GGGGAAUCAAUGCAAUUUUCUUUUCCUACUAGGAAUCCCCACUUAACUCAAUCAAUGUUCUUUGUCUUUUACUGUUUCUCACAGGAGACGGGGGAGAGAUCAAGUAGCCCACACACUGUGCGAUGUGUGCGGAGGGGUGAUGCCUCGAGAGCGCAUCACAGGACGACAAAACCCCACUGCAAGACGCAGUGCCAGAAUAGAGCAGCUUUGGCACGAGAGCCGCUUUCUUGUAGUUUGUAGGAAAAGAGAGGAGAUCGUGCAGCAAGGAAUCCUCAAACAUACUACUUUUCAUGCCGGAAUCCUCCUGAUCAGCUCUGCUGGCUCGUGUACAGAGACAAUGUAGUGGAGAGAAAGAGGGGGUCUCCACCGGUGGAGAGAUCUGGUGAUGCAUGGACACGGUUAUGGGUGAUUAAUGCCAUUUUGCAGCUGCAAAACAAGACUGGAAAUGCACAUAAAAAGUGGGGAUAAGUGAGUUUCGGGGCCCACAGGAUGGACACUGCGGAGGUAAUUCUCUCUGUGUUGGUGGUUGUGAUUAUUAUAGUGUCGUUGCUGUCCAACGUCCUGGUGCUGAUCUGCUUUCUGUACAAUCCGGAGAUCCGCAAGCAGGUCCCGGGUCUGUUCAACCUCAACCUCACCUUCUGCAACUUGUUGCUGACCGUGUCCAACAUGCCGCUCACUUUGGCGGGACUUGUCAGCAAGGCUCAGCCGGGAGGAGACGGUUUCUGCCAGAUUGUGGGCUUCCUGGAGACCUUCCUGUCCACCAACUCUAUGCUGAGCAUGGCAGCACUGAGCAUCGACAGGUGGAUCGCGGUGGUGUUCCCCCUGAGGUACCACUCCAAAAUGCGCCAUAAAGACGCGGCUUUUGUGCUCGGGUACACGUGGGCGCACUCCAUGUCCUUCUCCACGGUGGCCACCAGCCUCUCCUGGGUGGGAUACCACCGGCUUUACGCGUCCUGCACCCUGUCCAACCCGAGGGCGAGCAGUCGGACCCAGUUUGUUAUCUUCACCGUCUUUUUCCACUCCUUCACCUUUCUCCUGUCUUUUAUAGUGCUGUGUGUCACAUACCUCAAAGUACUUAAAGUGGCAAGGUUUCACUGUAAGAGGAUCGACGUUAUCACAAUGCAAACUUUGGUGCUGCUGGUGGAUAUACACCCCAGUGUUCGCCAGCGUUGCCUGGAGGAGCAGAAGAGGCGACGACAGAGAGCAUCAAGGAAGAUCAGCACCUUCAUCGGCACCUUCAUGCUGUGCUUCGCUCCCUAUGUGAUCACAAGGAUCGUGGAGUUAUUUCCAGCGGUGCCUAUCAACCCCCACUGGGGAAUUGUAUCCAAGUGCUUAACUUACAGCAAGGCAGCCUGCGACCCCUUCGUGUACUCCCUGCUUCGACACCAGUACAAGAAGACAUGCACUGACAUCAUCAACAGGCUGCUGAAGCGUAGCUCUUUGAAUGCAUCCGGGCGCAGGCACGAGAACCAAGGCAACAGGAUACCGACGGCGGAGUGACAGGGAGCCGAAUGAUGGGAUACAGUCUGAGGGUUGACCUGGGAACUGUCAGGGAAAUAUGAAGCUGAUUUAUUGUCGAUGAAGAAGAGAACAAAUAUCGGUUGUUCCUGUCCACGUCUGCUUGAAUUUGGUCUGACAUGCCCCCCCUCCCCUCCAAAAAAAGACAAGGGCAAAUCCCUGCACAGUAAUAGCACUGUGCUUGCAUACUGAGCGCCCGGAACAGCAGAUCAGUGCAGUGAACUUGUUGCGAGGACAAUAAGCUACGGCAGAUUUCACAUCCACCUGGAGAGACAGAUGUGCUCGCCCAAGAAGAACGGCCAGUUCAUAGCCUCAUGAUUUUGUCUAGGGUAGCUUUCAGUCUGAUAUAAGAUAUAUGGAUCUGACAGAAUAUAUGUUUGUUUUGACUUUACUGUAGUAUAUAUUUAUAUUAUAUUUAAAAAAUAAAAAAAAGGAUAAGGGAUGGCUGUAUGUCUGUUUUAGUUUGUGCAAAGUGACAAGUUGAUAAGUUGAUGCUGUAUGUAGCACUGAAAUUAGACUAACCAAAACUUGAUACGAAACCAAGUUCCCUAAUUGUAUUACUGAUGAAAACAUACAGCCGACAGUUUGGCUCAGGUUAUUUCAGAUUGAUGGGGUAAAACACACUCCUAAUUAAACCAAUAUUAGGGUAUUUUUGUAGUACAUGGCCUUCUAGUGUAAAGGCUAAUGAAGGAAAAAGCAAGAUUAUGUGUUUUUUUGUGUGCAUAAACACAUUGCUGUCGUUUGUCCUCUCAGCACCUAUUUUCAAGGACCUACUGACCCAGCCAAGCAGAGUUUUAAUGGGGAAAAUGGGCCUUCAAACCGGCUGCCUUUGCUCUCAUGACUGAAAUGCGCCCCUCAGGUUGUUGUGUCAAGUGGAGCAUUAGAGACUGUACUUACAUGGGUUGGUACUCACAGAGAGGGGUACCCUGCAGAGACUGUUACUUUGCUUUCUCACACAUUUGGGCAAGAUGGACAAGAAAGUACAUGACGUUUUUAUUUUAAUGUCUAUAUUUAAUAGCAAUGAUGGCCGUCCAUCCAAAGAUACAAACUAUUCUUAGAGUAAAGCAGCUCUGGAAGCAGAAAUUAUAUUUUUGCUUCAGUCAGCAGUGAAGCAAAAUAAAUAGUCUCUCCUUUCUGUUUCUAAACAUCUAACACACACUGUCUAAUAGUUUCUGACAGCACCUUGAAGGCACCACCUAAUAUUUGUUUGGACAACCCUGUCACAAUUUAUUGAACAAGCUAAUAAUAUUUAUAAUGUUAGUCAGACUCAAAGAUUAAGUUGUUUUUGUUAUUCAGGAGAACAUGUCUAAACUAUGAUCAUUGUAGUUUUGUAAUAGACUACUAUAAAUGUGGAGGGUGUAGAUUGCCUACAUUAGGAAGGACUAGAUUUUACAAUAUUAACCAUCUCUUUUGAUCCAAUAGUUUUUACUUCCAGAAGUAACUCGUGUCUCAAACUAAAGAAAGCAAUAGAUGUUGAAAAUCCUCCUGUGACACUCAUAGUUAUAUAAGCGAAUAUUUUUCAUAUUUUUAGUAAUGGUUCGGCACAUGAGUGUAAGAGUUGGAAUGACGUUACUUUAUGGCAAAUAACCUCUCUUCACAAUAAAAAAAAAAUCACUUUAACCAAAACAAAAAGAAGCCAAAACAAGUUCUUCCUAAAAUAAUUUUUAGGUCUGUAACAAAGGAUUAUUUUAUUUUUGAAUAAUCCGACAA